AUGGAUACUGCGGCGUCGUCGAAUGACUAUGAUCAGCUUAGUCGAUCACCUUUACUCGAGCCUGACGGCCUCGGUCCAUCGGGUCUAGAUCGUAUACGACAGCAACCUUUAUCUCGAGUGUUCACACUUCCAAACCCUUCCACGUCGUCCAUAGGACAGCACAACUCCCCUCCGAAUCGAUCUAGUGCGUCGUCUAGAGCUGCAUCGGUUUACGUCCCAUCAGGCGGAUCGAUUCCUCCCUUUGAAGAUCUACACCGGUUUCCUUCGGAAUCCUUGCACUCGUUCUCUUUCGCUCAACGAUCUGAGGAAUUGCUUGCUACUCGGCAGAAUAUUCUCAAGAGGUCAAUAGAUUUUAUGAAAGAUCGGUUGGGUUGGGCGGCUACGAGUCCCGGUCUCGUGAAUGCUCAAGCUCGAAUAAGUGGCGACUCCGAAUUCCAGGGCAUGGUCGAUUUGCUAUCCAAGGCCAGUGUGUUGGAUCGAGAUUCACAUGGUCGGCAACUAGGUAGCCUGAAUGGACCUAUUACCAGCCCACCGGAGGCUGACGCAGACAACGUGUUUGAGAGGUCUUUUCAUAGCCCUACACUUCCGAGCCAUCAAACCCCGUUCCCGAAUUACCCAGGAGAUGCCGCCGAGGCUGUCGAUGAUAGUCAACUUUUAAGUCCCUUUUAUGACGACAAUGUAUACUCACGCCGGAGAGAUCUGAGAUCUGCUCCGGCUUCCAGGCGAGUUAGUCUAAAACGUACAUAUACUGAUCUUAGUUCUUUGUCUUUGCAAAGUAAACUCAUGGAAACACUAGCGCAGCCGUAUGCUGUUGGCGACUCUCUGUCUUCAUCCGGAUACAACUUCGGUCUGGGCAUCGGCUCUAUGCUCCAUACCCACAGCAGCAAAUGGACGCCGGUAUCUCAGGCUGUCUUCAGGACAGAAGCAAAGGCUCCUUGGACGAUCAUCUCUGCCAACGAUCUUGCUUGCCUUGUCUUUGGAGUUACGCAGUCGGAAGUUCGAAAAUUGAGUAUACUUGAGGUGGUUCAAGAGGAGCGUCGACAGUGGCUUGAGUCGAAGCUUCAGGACCCGACAACUGACGCGACAGCGAAGUUCCCUAAUUCGAACGUCAAGCCCCGCUUCAAUAUGCCCAGGGGCAAUGGUGUCACAGCACAGUUGUUGAGCAAACCGUCUUCUCGACAAAAGACUGGUCGUAGGGCUCAGACAGAUGAUGGAUAUGGGUCAAGCAAGAGGAACCCACGGAAACCUAACCAUCCAGCAACUAAGUCCCGCGGAGUACUGUUGUGUGGUGAUGUUGUGCCUAUUCAGAAGCGCAACGGAACGACUGGAUCGGCUAGUUUCUGGGUUAUGGAAAAACGUGGAGGGUUGAUUUGGGUUCUUGAGGAGAUAACAGAAAAUGUGGCAUAUCUCACCUAUGAUGAAAGGGGACAGCUCACAAAAGUAGAAGGCGACACUGAUGAGAUCUGGGGUCGCGACGUCGCGAAGAGCGAGAUGUCGAUCACGAAUCUCUUCCCAGAGAUGCCAGCAGAGUGCGUCAGUGACUCUGAAAAGCUUCUCGACCUCAAAUACUUCGGUGCGCGUGGCCCGGGAAAAAGUAGCAUUCCGACAACAGUGAUUAAGAACCCGAACGGCGAUUUAAGGUCGCUACGGGUGUCUACUUUUCCGCAUGUUGCCGGUAUGAUGGUCCUUUCGUCGACCACGCUCAACAUUAUUAGCUCGAAUUCGGUCUUUUCGUCGGCCCUCUUCGGGCAGGAGCGUCCCGAAGGUCAUCACAUUUCGGAACUGAUUCCAGAAUUCGAGAGAUUCAUUGCGACUCUGACUGAGGAAGAUAAAGUACCGCUUGUGGACGGUAUGGUGAUUCCGGAGCAUAGCUUUCGAAGGGCACGGGAUCUGUUGUUACUUCGAGAGAACCGAGCCAAUGCGGUCUCUAUAUUUCUUGAAUCUGAAGGUCUUCCAGCGAAACAUCGCGAUGGAUCUCGACUUUCUAUCGACGUGCAAAUGCGAAUUGUCAAAAGUGAAACUGUUUUCCCGGAUAGCCAAAGUAAACGAGAGGAUGGAACGUCACCCACUCGCCUGAGCGAAAAUAGCGAUCAUGACGAUGAUGAAUUGGCAGACACAAUUGCAGUAACUGAAGUCGUUUAUGCCUUGUGGGUGACUUACUCUAGGCAGAUACACGCUGGAACCGGUGCUCUCUCCUCGGAAGACCAGGCAACAACGGAAAGGAAGUCAACCACAUCAAUCCACCAGACCCGGUCGGGACAACGCACACCUUCUCCAACCCCAACAUUGCCAUCCCAUUCUAACACGCCGUCUUUGGAUAACAAGACCCCACUAUCUCUCCUCAGUCAUAAACUUAACGAGGCGGCAUCUACACCGUUAGCCGACCGCUCUAUGCCCGAACCAGUGCGCGCACCGCCUUUGAUCAAAGAAGCACCCAAGAAGCGAACAAUAUCCGACUAUGUCAUUAUCGAGGAGAUGGGACAAGGAGCGUAUGGGCAGGUGAAACUGGCACGACUGAAGAAGAUUCCAGCUAAGAAAAUGGUGCUCAAGUACGUCACUAAGAAGCGAAUUCUGGUGGAUACCUGGACGCGCGAUCGUCGACUAGGGACUGUGCCACUAGAGAUUCAUGUUCUAGACUACCUUCGCCGAGACGGUUUACGACACCCGAAUAUUGUCGAGAUGGAGGGGUUUUUUGAAGACGAAAUCAACUAUUAUAUUGAGAUGGUCCCGCAUGGUCUUCCGGGAAUGGAUCUGUUCGACUAUAUAGAGCUCAAAUCCACCAUGGAUGAGGGAGAGUGUCGCAACAUUUUCAAACAGGUGGUGGAUGCCAUUCAUCAUUUGCACACCAAGGCUUUGGUGGUUCACCGCGAUAUCAAAGACGAGAACGUUGUGCUUGACGGAGAAGGACGGAUCAAGCUGAUUGAUUUUGGAAGUGCAGCAUACAUCAAGAAUGGACCCUUUGAUGUAUUCGUGGGAACCAUUGAUUAUGCGGCACCCGAAGUCCUCCAAGGCAAAUCCUACCGCGGCAAAGAACAAGACGUGUGGGCUCUGGGCAUUCUGCUCUACACUAUCGUCUACAAGGAGAAUCCAUUUUACAAUGUCGACGAGAUUCUCGAUCACCCCCUUCGAGUCCCCUUUCUGCCAUUCUCCGAGGAGUGCAUCGAUCUUAUCCGCAGAAUGCUCGACCGCGACGUCGACAAUCGAAUCACUAUAUCGGAAGUGGUUGACCACCCAUGGAUGGUCACGGAUUAG